UUCAGUUUAAGAAAGAAACGAAAGAGCUGACGGUACAGGAGACAUCAUAUAUAGAAAAUCAAAUUUCAGAACUUCAACCCACUAUUGGUAUGCUGGAUAGUGAAGAAAUUGCAGUUUCUCAUGUUUGUGUGAUGACGAUGAUAGACGGCAAAGUGUGUAAUGCAAUAACGGAAACAGCUUCUUCACAAACAUGUUAUAUAUGUAAAGCAACCCCCAAACAAAUGAAUGACAUCGAAAAACUAUUAAAGAGGGAAGUUGUCCAAGAAAAUUUGAAAUUUGGAUUGUCAACUCUACAUGCCUGGAUCAGGUUUUUCGAAUGUUUGCUGCACAUUUCCUAUAGAUUAGAAGUUAAAGUUUGGCAAAUUCGAGGAAGUAACAACAGAGCAGUUUUUGAAAACAAGAAACGUACCAUACAACAAAUUUUCAGAGACAGAACAGGUUUGCUUGUGGAUAUACCUAAGAGUGGAGGUAGUGGAACUACUAAUGACGGCAACACAGCUCGACGAUUUUUUGCUGACCCCUCACUGUCUAGUGAAAUUACUGGCAUAGAUAAAGAUGUCAUUAUGCGAUUUGGUAUUAUAUUACGCACCUUAUCUUGUGGCUAUGCAAUCGAUGUGCGAGCUUUUGAAGAGUAUUGUUUGGAAACCGCAAAACUGUAUGUCGCUAAAUAUUCAUGGUAUUAUAUGCCUUCUAGCGUGCAUAAAAUAUUACUCCAUGGAGCCAUAGUAAUCAAGGAGGCUAUUCUGCCUAUCGGUCAAUUGUCAGAAGAAGCCCAAGAAUCAAGAAAUAAGGAUCUCAAAAGUUUUAGGGAGAAACAUACACGAAAAAUUUCGAGAAUAUCAGGAAAUCAAGAUUUGUUAAACAGGCUCCUUAUAACUUCAGAUCCAGUAAUUUCAUCUUUGCGGCAGUACCCACUCCGAAAAAGUUCAAACAUAUCUUCUGAAGUUGUAUCCUUGUUGAAGGCGCCCUCGUUAGAAUCAAUGGAAGCAGAUUCUCUUAGAGCUCUACAACUUAAUAUGGAAAGCCGCCAAGUUUCUUCAUCCGACGAGGAAGACGACAGCGCGAGCGACGUAGAUUUUUAGUGGUAAGCAUACUAUUGUAUUUACAAGGGCGGAUCUAAGGGGGCCCAGGGGCCCAUACCCCCCUUGGGAUUCACAUUUUGAACUGAUUAUAAAGUUAAAAAUUAAAUUUUAGUAUUUAAGUAUAUCAAAGUAAGUUAUAAGUAUAAUCUUUUAAGCACUAAUAUAUUAGAUUUUAAAUAGACUUUAUUUCAUGCCAUUUUUACCCCCUCCCUUGCUAGAUUUUUCUAUCGCUAUGCCCCCCCUUGAGACUUUUCUGGAUCCGCCCUUGUUUAUUUAUUUAGAAGCUAAUAAACUUGUUACAGAGCGGAAUUUUUAUUUUUAUACCUAUUACCAAACAUAUUUUGAUAAAUUUCUCUAAGUUUUUUCGAAUUUGUACCUAAAUAAUUUAUAAUCUUACUAUACUUAGUAACAAGUAACGUAUUUUACGGUAAUUCAUUUUAUUUUGUUAAUAUUUUUUAACCAUAUAAACAAUUAAUUGCAUAAAGAUCGAAAAGUCUACUCAAUGUAAUUAUUAACCUUAUGGCCCCCCUAAAAGUUACGCCUGGGUAGUUUAAUUUUUUUUAUUAUUUUUUCCUUUAAAAGACUACAAUUUUAAAGCCCUUCAGCCCAUUUUCAGAUUUUUGACCGCUUUUUGCAUUUUCUGGCCCACUGUGCAGCGCAGG